UAUCUUCAUUUGAGCUACUUUCUCAAAACCGAGAUCGGAAAUAUUGUCUGUAUUUCUGCCGUAUGUUGCUGCACCAUCUGAGUUUGCUGUGUAUAGUAGAACCCUUCUCAAGGAGUUUGUUUCUGGAUUAGAAGUGUAAGAACGACUCUGUGAAUGUUUAUGCUUGAUUCUAUAUUUUAGUUGACUAUUAUACAGUCAUUUACGCUUGUGUUCUUGCUUCAUGUGCAGAUACUUGCGCCAAGAGCCAUGGAAUGAUAGUGCAAGAUACUUGCUAAUCCUUAAUCUUUUUCAGAAGGCACGUGAAGAGCGAUUCCCUUCACAAACUUGCAGCACUCUUCAGAGGCUCAUCUCUGCUGCUCUGUCAAAGAGAGAGCCCCCAAGUGACUGCAUGUUUAACCAUUAUAAGAAGUUUCAACUUCUGCUUGGUGCUUCUGAAAUUAGUUUGCACUGUGGCAAUCUUACUGAUGCCGAGGUCUAUGCUAAAGAUGCAUCUUUACUUCCUCUCCCUCAUAAGUAUCUGUUUUUUGGACACUUGCUAUUAUCUCGAGUUUAUGCUGCCAAAGGUGAUCAUAUGAAUGUUACACUAGAAUAUGCAAGAUGUCUGGAGCUGAAGACUGAUUAUCAUAUUGGAUGGAUAUGUCUCAAAAUCAUGGAAUGUCAAUACGCUUUGCAAGCUGAUUCAAGUGUAUUGGAGUUGAGUUUCAGGGAAUGUUCGAAACAGUGGAAAAAAUCAUGCGAUGUGUGGAUGGCCCAAUUCAAUUUGGUUCUAGGUUUAGCAUAUCUCUCAAACAAUGAUCCUUUUUCAGCUGAAGAUUGUCUUACACAAGCAUGUAGGCUGGUGGAUACCGAGAGCUGUUUUCUUCUCUGUCAUGGAGCCAUCUGUAUGGAACUUGCCAGGCGGUUGUCUAGUUCCCAGUUUUUAGUGCGUUCGGAAAGGAGUCUGGUUAAAGCUAGCAAUCGUUUUGUGAUUCCUGUGCCUAUCACAUCAUUACUUCUAGCACAAGUUGAAGGGAGCCUUGGUCGCAGAGAAAAAUGGCAGAAGAACCUCCGCCUUGAAUGGUAUUCUUGGGCACCAGAGAUGAGACCGGCAGAACUUUUCUUUCAAAUGCAUUUACUUGCAAGAGAAUCCGGAGCUGCUGCUGCUGCUGCUGCUGCAUCUUCAAGCCUGGAGUUGUGUCAAAGCCCUGAACAAUGGGUUCUUAGAGCAAUUCAUAGCAAUCCUUCCUGUUCUAGGUAUUGGAGGGUCUUGAAGAAGCUUCUUGACUGAGCUGCUCAACUGAAAGAGCACGAACUCCGGUACAAAGUUGGUGCCAGUGGAAGCCGCGAUCUACCUAUAGAUGUUGAUGUUCUUGUUGUAGUUGGUUAUUAUGUGCCAAAACUCUCGGUUCAUUUUUAAUCCAACCUCUGCUCUCAGCUCUUGCUUUUCAGACCAUCUGCUGGCUUGUUGCAUGCUGCACACCCAGAUAUCAAGAAGCUGUUACACUAGUUUAGCCUCAGACAAUGUAAUUCACUGAAUUUUUUUUUUUGACGUACAAUGUAAUUCACUGAAUCUGCUACUGUUUUUGUGCAAGUUAAAGGAUUUUCUCCACGGGAUUCGUUUGUCUUCUUUACAAGCGAAUUUAUGUCGUAUUUGGCCAUCAAAUUUGAAAUGUUGAACUGUUUUCAAAUGUGUAAGUAGAGGUGUCAAUUUUCAAUUUAAUUCAUCCACCUAAGUAUCUAUUAAUUCAAUUCAUUUAUCAAAUUAAUUUGAUCAAAUUUAAUUGAAUUGGUGGAUUUAUGGAUCUAAAUGAUAAAUUAUGAUUUUGUACUUAUACUUUUGAUAUUUCACUUUCUGGACGAAAAAUAUAUUGAAAAAUUAUGUUUUGGUAACUAUAAAUUCCAUUAUCACAUUUUGUUACCUAAACUUUUUGAAAUUUACAUAAGUUGGUCAAAGACUUGAGUGUCAUUUGGAUUCAUGAAUCAAUCCACCAAUUCAUUUGAUCCAAUUUAUGAAUCCACCAAUUCAUUUGAUCCAAUCCAUAUGAUCCAUGAAUCCACCAAUCAAUUCCACCAAUCCAUGGAUUGAAUCCAUUUGUCACCUCCGUACGAAAGGAAAGAGAUCGCCAUCGGUGGCAAUUUAAAACAAUCAUCCGUUCGAACAUGAAUAUCAAUGAAUUCCCGAAACUAAUACUAGCGAUCAAAUAUAUGAACAACUUUUCACUUCCCUUUCAUAUAGCCCACAAUAAUUUUGACAGCUCUCACACUAUGACCAUCUACAAUGAGUGAGCCAAAGUGCCAAAUACGACUCACAAACAAAUAGGCAAGGGAAGGCCACUCGCAGGUAAGGCUGCAAAUGAGCCGAGCUGAGCCGAGUUUUACCUCAGUUUGAGCUUGACUCGUUAACAAAUGAGCUGAGCUCGAGCCCGAACCAUUUAUUAACGAGCCGAGUCGAGUUCGAGCUAGGCUUGUUUACUAAAUUCUUAGAUCGUAUUUAAUACAUUCAUUUUGUAUGGUACAUGUGAUUGAUGUAGCGAUAAAAAAAUAAUCAAAUGUUCAACAUUAAUUAAUCUUAUAUUAUAAUUUUUAGGUAUCAUAUUGUUUAGUUAAUAAAUUUUAACUAGUUCAAAUCAUGUUAUUUCAUAGUAUCGAAACAAUUUUGUAAAUAAUUUCUUUAUAGAAUUAAAAAUAAGACAUAUUUUCUUACAUGUUAAACUUCACAUGAUGUGAGAUAUAUAAUUUAACAAUCCUAUGAAUUAUGAAAGUCCAAAUUAGAUCGAUUAGUCCAUAAGUCAGUGAUCAAGUUGGCCCUCAAACCACAAUGUUGAGACAUCUCAUGAGCUCUAAAUGAGCCAACUCACGAGUUGAGCUCAACAAGCCACCGAGUCGAGCUAGCUCGCGAGCUUCACGAGCUGAACAUAGCUAGGCUCAAGCUUGGCUCGUCAGUAAACGAAUCGAGUUUCGAACGAGUUUUUCCCGAUUCGAGCCUCGAGUUGCUCACGAGUAGCUUGGCUCAUUUGCAGCUCUACUCGCAGGGUAUGUGAAGACACGAAACGUGCUGGCGUGACUGGGCAGCUGGCCGUGUGAUGCGGAACGCACGCUUCCCUCCCUUUUUUAAUUUGCCAAAUUGCAGAUCAACCCUCCAUAAAAUUUCUCCACUAGCCCCCAAUUUUUCCUCCAACAGCUCUUUUCUUUCCCAAUAGCUAUAUUUUUAAAGUUUUUCUAUAAAUACCACCACAUACUUCCCUUCUAAUUACCAUGGAUUUGACCGUAAAAAAAAUUUAGUAAUUACACCACGACUGCAUUUUCCUCUAUUUGUUUUUACAAAAGAUAAUCAUAUAUUGAUUCAAAUGAUAGGUAAUUACAUCCCGGAGUUCAGACAGGCCUGGAAAUCAAACACACGACUCAUAGUCGGGUAUAGAGAAAGGACUUUUCGAGCCACCAAGUGGGCUACCCUAUUGCUACGCCGACUUACAAAUCGCACACUAAACCCACUAUGAUUGGUAAAAUACUGCACAAUUUCUUCAAGAAUCGCUCCCAUCCGAUUAUCGUUGUAUCUGUCUGACUGACCUUCUCAAUAACUACUUUGGAAUCGCCUUCAAAUCAUAUCUCCGUGAAGCCAUGAGCCAAACACCAUAGGAUGGCCUCAUGAAGCGCAAGUAAUUCAACCACCAUAGGGUCGUCAAUGGAAGGGAACUGCACCCCCGGGCCAAAAGGAUCUGUCGAUCUUGGUUCAUAAUAACCAUUCAGCCUGCCGAACGAGACACACUCCUAAUUGCCCCAUCCCACAUACAAACAGCAGAGUGAGCCCCACUAGGACUCCACUAUUGUACCAAGGGAGGGGGGUGGAAGAACGGAGAAACCGGUCCACCGACAAACUUUCCCGUACUAUUUACCCUAAAAACCCACCCAGUUACGAGAUCGCCAGAUCCUCCACAACAAUGCAACAAUAGCCAUAAACAAUGACGGUUGGUGGAUAAGAGAUAUCAACUUCUUUAAGAGAAGAGGAAAGGUGUGUCGAGGCAAUCCUUGUCCAAGAUGCUCCAUCCCUGAAAGAUCCCAAAACGCAUGACUACCGUGUAAUCAAGAAAUAAAUGCCCCAUCGUUUCUGAUUCGCCUCAGCAGACUGGACACCUAGGAAGCACAUGGAAAUCCUUCUCAAUUAGGCCUCUGUAGUUGGGAGGAUUCUAUUGAAAAUUUGUCAAACAAAAACUUUCAUUUGGGUGGGAUGUUUUCUUCCCAUAACCGAAUCUAACUGGCCCUAUCCAUCCAACUAGACAUGGAUGGAUAGAGAAAACCCCAUCAGGCAUGGCAUACCAAAUCAAUUUAUCGGGAAAAUUCUGACGAGUAAGAGGGAUCGCUUUGAUGGCCCGACAUGUAGAAGGAUCAAUCACUGAGUAAGUUUAUCAUCACACCAAUGACCUUCUCCUUGGAAUAUAACCUCAGGGCAGACGGAUCCCCCCAGGAGGCAGCACCCGGGGAUUAUACAUUGGGAGUUCAGGGUGCAAUUUAGCAAUACAGUUAGAACGAAGCAGAGAAGCAGUCUGGCCAUGCCCAAUUUGUCAUUGCAAGCCCAAAUCUAAUAGCUGACGACCAUAGAGGAUACUCUGCCAUCCUACGAUGGGCGAGAGCGAGACGUAGCAAUAAGGAAAGACACAUUGGAAAAAUACUUACCCUUAUAAACUUGAGCCAGGAAGGACUGGUGUUCAGUCAGAAUUCUCUAUCCAAUUUUGGCCAAGAGAGCAAGGUUAAAAUGCUUUCACUGGCGGACUCCCAUACCCCCUUCAUGCUUACUCCGACACAUAUUGCGCCUAGAAAUCCACCGGAUCCAAGACUGACCAUCCUCAACACCCCACCAGAAUCUGGUGACAUGCUUAUCCAAGAGUCAGCAAAGAGAAAGAGGCAAUUUGAAACAGGACAUAAUAUGCAACGACAGAGCUAGUGCAACUGAUUUAAUCAGAGUCUCCUCAGCCUCCCAUGAUAAUGUCAUCUGUUUCCACCCCUGUAAUCUUUCCAACAAUUUCUCCUCGAGAUAACGGAAUGUAGCUGUUUUCGAUCUGGAUAUAAACAUAGGUAAUCCCAGAUAUUUAUCAUGCACACCAAGUGCCCCCACACCUAGAGUCUGAGCCAAGAAUUCUUGGUCCGGCGUAGUAAUGUUCUUACUGAAACAGACUGCCGAUUUAUCCAAGUUAACUCUUUGACAACUCAAAUCUUCAUAUUCAAUUAAAACCACGAUCAAAUUCUCACAUUUCUGAAGAGAACCUCUUAGGAAUAAGUAAGAAUCAUCUAAGAAGAACAGGUGCGAGCUUCAGGGGGCAAGAGGGACCACUUUCACACCCCUCAAGUUUUCCUUCCGGAAUGGCCUUGCGAAGGAGCGUCGCAAAACCUUCCGUACAUAUCAGAGAGAAGGGAUUACCCUGACGGAGACCCCUAGAUGGUGAGAAGAAACUCGAAGGGGUACCAUUCAUGAGGACAGAAAAUGACGUCGAUCGGAGGCAUUCUUGUAUCCACCCUCUUCAAACAGAGCUAAAACCCAUUUUUUUUCCAAAACCGCUAGCAGAAAGGGCCAUUUGACUCUAUCAUAGGUCUUUUCCAUGUCAACCUUUAAAGCCAUGUACCCUUUUUUACCCAGUGUUUUUUAUUUUUAAUCCAUCGAUUCCGCAGCAGACCGAGAUGCCGUGUCAUCUAAUACUUGAAAUAAAUCAAGGAGAAAGAGAGGACCAACCCACCCGGGUUUUCAUGAGCGUUGGCGGGUCCUGGAGUGCCUGUCAAGGGUGCUAGUGCAUACUGAUCCUAACUAGAAAAGAAACUUAAACUCGAUAUCGAGAUGCGCCGGCCAGGAUGCCGCGGGCUCGCCAAAUUUUCAGGAAUUUUAGACCAUGCUUCAGAUAAACUUUGAUUUUCAGC